CAUGCGUGUGCACCUCCAGAGGCACGCGAGGCUGGGAGGGCGCUUGCGCGUGCGUGGCCCUGCGGCGAGGGAGACCAUAGAGAGCGGGGAGUGGGCGCGAUGUGCAGUUGGGCACUCUAGCCGUGCGGAGGGAGGUUUUAACUCUUUCUUUGUGCACCAUUUCCCAUCUCUCCGGUUCACCCCACUGCCAUGACGGUGCUCUCCGGCCAGCCCCUCUCUUUGGAGGAGCAGAAGCAGUUAGCAGUGAACAUCACCCAUGUCCUCUCUCUCUAUGGCUCCAUUGUGGACUCCUACAUCAUUGAGUUUUUCACCGAUAAUCUUUGGGGGAAGCUUCCUUAUUCUUGGCAGGCAGUGCUCACCGAUCUCCCCUCCCCACAACUCGCUGCCGUCUUGCUGGAGAAAGGAAAACCAGAGGAAGUUUGUUACAGCAUGGUGUGGCCACUCUCCUUGUUGGCCUUUAAAGCUACAGCGCACACAUUGGCUUUCUCCAGAGCACCUCGUGGUAGAAGCGGCACGUCAGCGACCAGGAGGCCAGAGGAGUUCAGGGAGAACCGGUGCCAGAGUGCUAAGCUUAACCCCCUUUUCCGGAAGCACGUGAAGCCCAAAAAGCAGCAUGAAAUCCGGCAGCUCGGGAAGGUGGUGAAGAAACUGAGCGAGAUCACAAGGUGCGACCAGGUGGUAGAUAUUGGCUCUGGCCAGGGCCAUCUCUCUCGCUUUCUGGCCUUUGGCCUGGGUUUGUCUGUCACGGCAAUCGAGGGAGACAGACGCCUGGUUGACAUGGCCACUAAGUUUGACCGAGAACUGGUGUGGGCGCUGGAGAAGGAGCAAGCACAACGAGCCAAGGAUCCGUGGGAGAUCUCCCUCCGUGGGCCAAGCCACGUGGCGGGUUGGGUCAACCCCCAAGCACCAUGGCGGGAGUUCCUCCUCCUGCCACAGCGAGGAAUAGACACAGCUCAAUCUCCCAUGGCAGAAAGCGGCCCGUCCCCAGAGGCUGCUGCCACCUGCAAUUCGCCAGGGCCAUGGAAGAGCAUUCCCCCCACAGCCCCUUGUGGGGGUGGCAGAGACGUGGCAGAGACGGGCAAGGCUGGAGAGAAGGGGCCAGGAGGAUGGGGCUGCAUGGCUGCUGCAAGAGAGGAGCAUGGGAGAUCCCCAGAUCCCUUCGGAAGCAGAGGCCGUGGCUGUGUUCCCAACAGGCCUCACCCUCUGUAUCGACCGAGCCGCCCAAUGGCAGUAAAUCCCCUGGGGCCAGUGGCGGAGGGCAGGCUGCUCCUGACUGGCCUGCACGCGUGCGGGGAUCUCAGCGUAGCCCUGCUCAGACACUUCACCCGCUGCCCCCACGUGGUGGCCAUGACCUCGGUGGCCUGCUGCUACAUGAAGCUCACCACCCAGGAGGAGCCGACCCCCCCAGGCCUCGUGGCACCGCCGCCUCCUUCCACCGACCGGCCCGAGUACGGCUACCCCCUGAGUGCCUGGGUGGCCGGCCUGCCGGGCCACGCCCUCUCCUACAAGGCGCGGGAAGUGGCCUGCCACGCCAUAGAGGACUACACGCUGCGGCUGAGGAGCAAAAGCCCCGUCCUGCGGACUCACUGCUACCGCGCCACGCUGGAGAUGCUGAUCCGGGCGGCUGACCCGGCAAAGAGACGCCUCGGGGUGCAGACCAUCAACAAGGCCCACCAGCUAGCCUUCGAGGAGUACGCCCGGCUGGGCUUGCAGUGCGUGGGGCUGGACCCGGCCGCCCCUCUGGAUCGGGCCUGCGUUGACGGCAUGCUGGCCCAGCAACAGAACGUGGUGGCCUUUUUCAGCCUGGCCCUGCUGCUGGCGCCAUUGGUGGAGACCCUCAUCCUGCUGGAUAGGAUGAUCUACCUGCAGGAGCAAGGCUUCCAGUGCCAGUUGAUUCCCCUAUUUAACCCCAGCUUCUCGCCCCGGAACCUAGUGCUCGUGGCGGCCAAGGCUGGGCUGGACUCUGCGUUAUCCACGCUGGCAGGGGAAGACUGACUCGCACCAGCGUCCAUUGAUGCAGAGGAAUCGCCGGCUGCGGUCCUGCAGCAGCCUCUGGGGAGGAACGUGGCAGCGGUUUAACAGCGUAUGGGAAAGGAGGCGGUGCUCAUUGUGAGAAGAGGCAGGCACUGGGGCAGUCAAGCUACAGAAGCCUCAGAAAGUUCAGCAGCAGUUGCACAUGGGGAGGGAGAUGAUGUGGCCCACCCAGGACCAAUCCUUCCUCCCUUCAGCCCCACUCAAGGGCAGGGAGGUUUCUUCCCCCCAACCCACCGUUUCCUUGGGCUGGAAGAGUCCAAGGAGGAGCCAGCCCCAGACACCAGAGAAAGCCCAGCAGGGCUGGGUUGCAGCAGCAAGUCGAGGACAACAGGCAGCACCUGCUGCUUCAGGUGCUGACUGGCUAAUUGCCCAGUCUCUGCACCUCUACCUGCUUUACCUGCCCCUCCCCUUCAGCUGACCCUCUCACCCAAAAUAAACACCGCCCCCAAAGA